AUGGGACGCCAUAGAAAGUACCAUACCCUCGAAGAGAAACAGAUCGCCAACCGCCUGAAGUCCAAGCGAUACUAUGAGAACAACCAAGCUCGAGUAUCUCAGCGACGGAAAGAGUUGGCCACGGAACGGAAGAUGGAGAAGAGUCGAGAGAGUUCCUCACGGAAGGCAGAGGUUGUGGCUACCAAAAGAGACAAAUUCAAGGAAGCUCAAUACUGGGUGGAUCGGGCGCUGGAACAAAAGGCUCAGGUUGCCGCUUUGUUAGAGGGACAGACGGUCCAUGAUUUUUUGGCCAACCUCACAACACAACUCACAUCCACAAGUCCAGAGUCGGCACGCGAUCGCGUACAGGAGUACAUCAAUGGCCUCAGCGCCAUCCGCAAGAGAGUCGACACGAGCCACGGCUACGUUCUCAAUCUUAAAGGGGUGGGGCAUGAACUCUCACAGGUGUGCACGGCGUACAAGGUGGUGGAUGACGUUGUGGGCGAGCUCGAAGACCUCCUAGUCAUGCUGCUCGUCGACAUGGACGAUUUCCGUUUGCGUGUCCACGAGAAGACUUUGCAUUACCUAAAAUAG